AAGCUUACCGUAUUUCCUGUCCCUAUUGUUUUACUCUACCCCAGAUAUAUUGUCACCCUUUCAUGCCAGUCCUCUCCCCUCCCCCAUCCCCUCCUUCAUCCGCUCCUCACGCUUUGCUCUUCGCCCUUCGGGGGUCCCCUGCUGCGGUGGGUCGGUCGAGACGGAUCAUGAUCUAGUCCGCUGAAGCUAGGGUAGCAACAACCAACCCUCCCCCCCCAUCAACCUACCUACCUACCUUGCCCUGCUACCCUUCCCCUCCCUCUUCCUCCUUCUCUCCCCACAUCCCCUGUUUCCACUCCUCCCUUCCUCCCUUCCUCCCUUCCUUUCCUUCCCUAUCAUACUCCCCCUUCUUCUCCCCUCCCUUCCACCCCCUCACUCAACCACACGUCCUCCGGCUUCACCAUCACGAGUGUUCGACAAGCCUCUGGCGUCAUCGCCACAGUUAUUCAACCAUGGAUACCCUCCCGCCAGAAAUUCUUCACAACAUCCUGAAGCCGGAGAAUCAUUGCGUUACCGGCACCCCCUUCGGUUCAAGGUUCAAUGGAUCUUAUUUGAGAUUGCGUCUUGUCUGCCGUACUUUCAGUGAUAUUAUUGCGCCGCACGCAUUUGCCAGCCUUUGCAUCACCGACGAUGAAUGCACCCUAGAUCGCCUAUCCAACAUUUCCAAACGCGCAAAUCUUGCCCCUUUGUUGAAAUCGUAUCUUUUUCGCUUCGGCGAGCCUCGCAGCAUUGCACGUACUUCAUCCCUUUCCAUCCCACCUCAAUCUCACUAGACAUGCAUAAUGACAGAGUAGUAGCCACCACGAUGAAGGACUACCUGAAGGUUAUUUCCCUGCCUAAAGAGUUGUAUGCGGAGACUAUGUCGGCGCACACUGAAGCAUGCCGUCAACAAAUUUCUCACCUCACCCGAAUCCUGAAUUUUCAAAUGUCGGGGGAUAUUGAGAGGGUUCAUGUAAAGCUUCUCUCCGAGUCUUUCCCGAACCUCCAAACUGUUGGCAUCACCGUUCACCCUGCCCAAACGCUCUCCGACAUACUGCCCAACCUGAACAUUACGAGUAGCCAUAACGGCAGCAGCAAUUGGGGGCCGCUUGUCUUUCGCGCUUUUCUCAAAGGCCUCUCCCUCCGUGCCGAGUCGACCGCCGGGUUAAAGCCCAUCACCACUGUUUCCAUACAGGGUCUGAUUGCGGACUGCCUGUUUCUCUCUGGCGACUUUCUCGACAAGGCGUCAGUUGGGAUGAGGGCUAUCCGAGAAGCCAGCCUCUCCAUGACAAUGGCGCAGUCCCUUCAUGAUGGCACGACUCCAAGCUGGCUCUACCCCGUCGGUCGGUUGCUUCGCGCCUCAGAGGACCUUAAGCACCUAAACCUCAGCACCAUCGCCUAUUCCAGGCUAAAUUCUCUGAUGCAUUUCACCCCUAUCAUCUCGGGGCCGACAAAAACCCCGACGGUUCAUCACUGGAAACACCUCACUAAGCUCUUCCUCCAGCACGCCUUCAUUCCCCGUGAGCUCUUCAAAAACUUUUUAACAAUCCACAAACAAACACUUUCGCAAAUCCUUUUGCACAAAUGCGACAUUAUCGACCAUGAUCGCGUCUCAAUGCCCAUGCAUGCCAACUUUUUCAAUAACCCGGACCCGCAGGAAUCCCACCCGGCGCCCUGGAUAGACAUCUUCCGCCACCUUCGCUCAACGAACAAACCAGUCCUGGCCAGCCUCUCACUAAAGUACCUUUCGGAAGGCAGAAUAGCGCACGAACACCACCUCCGCCAGUCCCAAGUCCGCGAGUGGCAAAAGUGGAUAAUGCAAUCCCCGAACGAAAACAUUCCAGAACCCCCAGUGGAUGUAGACCCUGAACAGAACCCGGAUGUGGUAGACGGGGAGUUCGGCUACGAGGAUACGCACUGGUGUCAGGAGUGCAGCCAGCUCAGCUAUGACAGCGAUAGUGAUGACGACGGGAUUUUCGGAAUCGGGUAUCCGCCGUUUGGGUGGCCUGGGGGGUUCGACCUUGAUGAUGACGAAGCAGAUCCGGAUGAUGAAGACGAGCAGGAGUUGGAUGAAGGCGAUGAUUAUGAUGAGGAUGUGGAGUAUGUGCUUCAUAAUCACUUUCACCAUCACCAUCACCACGGGAAUCCGGACCUGGGGAUUUGGUGA